AUGACGAUCUCAUAUACCCCUACAUUACCAAAAGACCCCCUUUUCUGCAGACUGCUGAAGCUUGCCACUCAGAGAGAAGAUAAAGUUAUCGUCAAUGACUGUAGUCGCGACACGCAAUUUGGCUAUCGUCAUAUUCUCGAUGGCACUGUGAAACUCCAGCAAAAGCUCGCAGAACUCCUGGAACGAUCUACUUUUGAUAAACCUGGCGGUUUCUAUGUUGCUCUGUUGGCCCCAAAUGGCUAUGAAUUCAUCGUCGGGGUUCUUGCGGUCCUGGCCCUUGGUGGAGUAGUUGUGCCGAUGCCUACGGGUGCGCUUCCAGCCGAAGCAUCAUACAUUCUUCGCCUAUGCGAUGCACGCUGUCUCAUUGCUAGCACGGAGCUAGUCGACCUCGCCACCCAGAUCCGAAAGGAAGUCGAUAUCCCUUCCCUUGUUAUUGAGAGUAAUCACGACGACGUCAACCGUCUACUUCCAGUGACCCGUUAUACCCUUGAUCCAGGCCUUGCGGUGUCCGAAGAAACGCCUAGUAUAUUGUUCUUUACCUCAGGAACGACUGGGCCACCAAAGGGUGUACUCCACGCCCGUCGGUCUCUCAAUAAGUAUGCUCGGUUGGAAGAAGAGACCGAGGAAAACGACGAGCUUUGCAUAAUACCAAGAGGAGCAUUUUGGUCUAUUUACUUCACAAAAGUAUUUCAAAUGCUUCUCGUGGGGGUUCGUGUCGAGGUUCACAACUUCGGCCGCAACUAUAACCUGAUUUGGGAGAAGCUUCGUGAGAAAACUGGAACCAAGAUCACCUUGUCUCCUACCUUUUGGUACGGUAUGAUGAAACACUUUCAGACUCACAUUGCAAAAUUGCCGGAUCCUAAAGUCAGGGAAUACAUCGAGGGAGUCCAGUACCUUCGCGAUGCAGCUGCAACAGGAGCUAUGCCUUCAGAUCGAGUCAAGCAAUUUUGGCAAGAAAUGCGCGGUGGGCGGCUGCUUAGGAUACAAUAUGGGUCUACGGAGUCGCAAGAGAUAGCUAGUUGCGAUGAGAGAUCGGGAAGUGCGGAGGCUGACCUGGGAACACCUCUUCCAAAUGUGGUUAUGAAGCUAUCCGAAGGAGAAGAAGGGGAAGUUCUUGUCAAGACCCCUUCCUUGUUUCUUGGUUACCUGAACUUACCAGAUGCUACUGCGGAACGUUUUGACUCAGAGGGGUUCUUCAAGACUGGAGACUUAGCCAUCCUCCAGAAUGGACGCUAUAUUUUCAAAGGAAGAGCAAACAUGGAUUUGUUCAAGUUCUACACUUAUAAAGUCCCUCGAGCACAAGUCGAGUCCAGUCUGACUGCGCUUCCUUAUGUCGCAGAGGGAUAUAUUCUGCCGGUUGAAGAUCCACAAUGCGAUACCAGAACAGCUGCCUUAGUGCGAUUCCACGAUGGUAUGGAGAAGAUCGACUUGAAAUCUCUCAGAACCGACUUGUCCAAGGACAUGCCUGCCUAUCAACUACCGACUGUACUUCGGGUUUUGAGGGAACACGAAACGGUACCACGGACAUGGUCAGACAAGACUGCCAUGAUGAAGGCGAUUCAGAUGUUUUUCCCGCAAGAUUGUGAGGACAAAAUCUGUGGGGAAGCGACGGAAGUAUUGGAUAUCAGUGAUUUCAUGAAGAUGAAAACUACAAAGCUGUGGGAAUUGUCCGGAAUGCGAUAG